AAAAUUUGCGGGGUGGGACUGAGCUUGCUGGGACCCGGCAAUCCACGAACGCUGCGUGUUUGUGGUGCGAUUCGACGCACUGUGCUACAAUAAGAUGCGGUCCCCGUCGCAAGGAGACUCCAGCAACUGCAUGAUGUCUUGGCAUCGCCACCUUUUGCGUGUUCGUUGGCUUUCUCACGGCGCAGGAAUCUGUCAGAAGGGGCGCUGGCUAGGCUUUCCGGUUUGUGCCCCAGACGAAGGCGAGAACUUUUUCCCGGGGUAUAAUUGCUGAGGAGAUUGUCAUGAAUAUGAGAGGUUUGCUUUGACGAAUUUCGGCUGGCGUAUGUUGGGUGGUCCUUCGUUCAAUCCCGUUUCGCCGAGUCGUUUGCAAGACUUAGGCAGGGAAUUGCACCACUGACCUCAGCAAUUGGCCUGCCAUCGCGGCUUUGUAAGCUGUCACGAUGAGCAUGGCUGACCUUCCAGAUGAUUGUAUUGCAUCUAUCCUGGCCCGCACGACACCAUGGGAUGCGACACGGAUGGCUGGAGUAUGUACCGCUUUCAAGAGAGUCACUGAGAGUGAGAAACUAUGGAAGGAUUUCCUUCCCGGCGACUACGAUAGUAUUUGUGAAGCACAGACGAAGCUUCAAAGUAUUAGAGAGAUUGUGAAAAGUCUAGCGGCUGGGGUGUUUCUUGAUGACGGGUUGCAGAAGUACAUGUUGCUGCAAAGGUCGAGGGGCGUUUGUCGCAAGCUCUCGGUGGUUGCCAUGGACAUUGCUUGGGGCUCGGACAUGAGAUUCUGGAAGUGGGAGCACUCUCGCAGUUCGUGUUUCGGCAAGGUUGCGCACCUGCUCGCUAUCUGCUGGCUGGAGGUACGCGGGACUUGGAGCUGCUCAUUACCAGCAGGUUCAUAUACCGCAGUCUGGCGCCUUCGUGCUGCGAACCCGAUGGGUGGCCGCUUUCACUUCCUUUCUUGGAAGAAACCUCUAACAUUCACUGUCGCUACUGCUGAUGGUCAGACGGUGGAAAAGUCCCUUAACCUUGUAGACACACCGAGGAAGUGUUUUGAGGAUUGGCUCGAGUUCGAGGUUGGAACCAUUAACGUACAUGGAGACGGGUCGUCGACCCAAAAAGUUAAGCUAACCUACAGCAUCCGGGAAACAGAUUGUACAUAUUGGAAAGGUGGGCUUUACCUGGAUUGUCUGACGUUGCGACCAAGUGGAUGUUUAGAAGACGUGCCACCCAUCACGAAGGAUCUCGAAUUCAGCAAAAUUCGAGGUCAUCCUGGCGUGUUUUAGCUCAAACGAGCUCUCUCUCCUUUCCUGUAAUCUACGACGAAACAUUCUGCAUUUUCCCGCACUUGGAGAUGGCAGCCAGCACAGAUUCCUCUUCAUACUAAGGACAAUACAGCCAACAUGCUUGAGGAAGCAGACUGAUCAUGACAACUCUACUGCAUCUCCAAUAACAGGAAAUAUUCGUAAGCUAAAAGUGUUCGAACGUUGAAAACGUUGAGCGAGUUGCACAAUGAAUUUGGCAGCUGCAGUGGCUGAUUUGUUCACUGGCCCCCAUGGCCAUCUGUAUGGCCACUCUUUCUCCCUGUAACUCUUAGCCAUGCCCUUCCAUUCCUACCUACUUUUCCCUGCCUUUCUCCAUGAACCUGCACAAACAAACAUGGAUUUUGUAGAUCUUCGUAAUGCUUUUUUGGGUUGUAUAUAUAUUGACGAGUUUGUCUGUAGUUAAAGUACAUUAUGAAUGAAGUACAUUAUGAAUGUAAGGUUCAUUUUGAAAUUAUUGUAUCUUCUUACGAGUCUUCUCGGCCAUUCAAGUAAAGAAACCAUGGAACCAGUUAAUCUUUGGAGCA